CUUGGCUAUCAUCCAAUCUUUAAUGCAAACCAAUGGCGAACGGACCGCCUCAACCGCAAGGUGCCUCAUCAAAUCCUCAGCUGAAGAACCCAGAUGCCCCCUCUCCACAAACAGCCACUUGUUCACAGGCCUUUACGACCCCAGACACAAACGCGAUAGCUAGCACUCAGAACCUCACUGCGUCUCCGCGAAUUGAACAGGAAGUUCAUUGCCAACCUCAAGUUAACCCGACCAGCCAACCGCCUACAUCCUCUGCCUCUCGCCCAAUCGCGCCCAAGGCUGUACCACCAAUCACCACUUCUAUCCCUCCCCAAUCAUCUUCAGCCUCAAGCACAGCAGGCAGCACACAGACUCAGGGCUACUAUGCUGUCAGUUAUCCUCCCUCAGCUUGGCAGAAUGCGUGGCAAGUCGCCUCGUAUCCAUACACCUCCUCCCCAUCGUCGUCAUCCUACACAACUCAAGUGCACUCGGCCGGCGGCGGGCAGCCCCCACACUAUUCCCAGCUUCCUUAUGCGCAGUAUUACGCUCCACCACCUACGGGGACACGUUCAAAACAGAAGAAAGUGCGGACACCAAGCCCUUCCCCACCGCCACCUACACUUCACCGUCACUGGGACGGCGUUCUCCGUGCAUUCUUGGAAAGAGUGGGGUUUGGUAGAGCGCUUAGGGGUUUUGACGAGGACAUGUUGGUAAUGAGCACAGACUGGGAGAGGCAGCGUGUACCAGGUGCGAUUGGAGAACUCAUGAAGGACCUGAUGACUUUGGGAAAGUUCAAGGAAGAUGAAGAACCUUCGGAACGCUCUCUGGAAGAUCGCAAGCUGAACUAUGUGCAUACCAUCGAUGGCGUUGAACCACGUUCUCAGACCUCAGUCAUCAAAGAGGUUUCGGGCUUUCUUGCCCGAAGUCGAGCGCGAAACGAUACAUCAAAUCGCGCAGAGUUUAUUGAAAGUCUGACACAGAAACGAAGACGUUUGAACCCUCCGAAUCUACCUCCCGGUCCUGCACUCCCGCAACCCGCUGGCCAACACGAUGCCGAAAUAGAAGUCACUUCUGGACCCAGUCAUGCCUCAAAUAUUUCUGGCGGCCCUCCUCGGCAUCCUUCAGCUAUGCCUGAUCAAGACGCUCCUGACAAUAACACUGACGCCGACGCGACGGAUCAUCGCCCCCCUACUUGUGCACGUACAGACGCCAAAACGCAGGAUCGCGACCGUCAUAUGACCUACGACAUCAUGAAGAACGAAGGGGGUCCACUUCAACGCACUGUCAAGGGUCUCCCAGCAUUGGCGGAAGAGGAGCAGGGAGGAGCAGGGAAGACCGCUCAGAUAAAACCCGUAACAGAUGACAGCCUGAGCGAGGAACAACCUGCUAUGGAUGAGAGGGUACGAAACGUGGAAGUUCAUCUGGGCAUACGUUAUGUGCCUGGCAGACCGCGAAAGUUGCUUGAUCGUCUCAAGCACCUGGAAGACUACCUUGCCAAGCUAGAGCGUGAAUAUCCGCCAUGGGCGGCCCUGCACUUUAACCAACCGAACCGAGGUUGGCCGCCUCCCCCACGUGCAACGCCAAUUAUCGUCCCUUCGCACCUCGCUUCCUUCACGCCCACAAGUAGUGUCGUACCAUCGCCUGCACCUGGCGGAUCCCUCUCUGGCAGUGGCGCAGGUGGCGCAGGUGACGGUGCUCCGGCGGCGUUUAUUGAAGGCCGUAAGUUGAAGAAUACGGGCUCCAGUCUACAUCGUGCCGUCAUGGAGAAGCUGGAGGUCCAGAGAGCUAUUGAUGAGAUGAAACGUGGCGGAUGAAGUGUAUGUUUGAAGCUGAUGAACUACGUGGCGAUGUGCAGUACAGUUUACAUGUGCCAGGCUAGGUGACUGUUGAUACGUGUUCAAGAUAGGUGAUAUAACACACUAUGACCGGAUUAUUCUUGUGCAUCAUCGGGUGAAUGCAUACAUCAUGAUUGGAGCUAAUGAAGUGAAGGUAAGAUCACG